GCACACCGCACCGUUAUCUUCUCCCCGAUACGGGACUUCACAGCCAGCUGGUCCCCCCCAGGAGUCCACACCCCGAGACCUGAAACAUGUUCCUCAGCUUUGUGUCCGUCGUGUUUGUGCUCAGCGCUGCAGUCAGAGGAACGACGACAGCGACAGGAACGAGCACUGAGUCACCCAACGCUCGUGCAGUUUCUGACACCACUAUAACUCCAACCUCAGGUUCUAGUAGCAGCAUCACAACGAGCGCUUUAACACCUCCACCAUCAUCCACCACAGAGCACUUCACAGCCUCAGGAUCUAGUUCUACUCCAGAAAAAGGCACAACAGAAUCUACAACUAUGAAACCUUCGACCUCUACUGCAGAGAUGACCUCAUCUCAGUCCAGCACAGAGUCCAGGACAGCUGCAGGAGCAGACAGCAGCACCAUUACUGCAACUAGUAAAUUCACCACCAGCAGCCCAACUGGCUCCCCAUCGGCUCCAACCAGUGGUACAACUCCCCCACCUGCUUCAAGCCCUUCUACAAGUACAACAAUCACACACACCAGCAACAGCCCAACAAGUGCAACUCCAAAAACCUCUACAACACAAACAGUCUCUACUAACACCUCGCCUGAGACCACACCCUCAUCCUCCACCAUCACCACAGAUGGACCCACACCCUCCUCACCUACCGCCAUCUCCACCACUAGUUCUCUCCCUACAAGCACCUCCCCAGGCAGUAGCACCACUUUAGAUACCACCACCCUUAGUCCCUCAACAACGACCUCAGGAGAAAUGACGACAGCAGCCAUCACACAUGAUGUCACCAGUGAUGGAGGAAUGAGCACUGACACACCCACCACUCCUGCAGUUUCUCACAUGACUGUAACUCCAACCUCAGGAUCAAGCAGCAGCAUCACAACCAGCACCUUAACAGCUCCACCAUCAUCCACCACAGAGCACUUCACAGCUUCAGUAUCUGCUACUACAGAAAGUAGCACAACAGAAUCUACAACGAUGAAACCUUCCACCACUCCUGCAAGCCCUCAAACCACUGUAACCACAGUCACCACCAGCAGUCCAACUGACUCCCCAUCAGCUCCAACCAGCGGUACAACUACCACACCUGCUCCAAAUACACCGACUACACACACAACCUCCGACACAACUGCAAGUACACCGACUGCACAGAUGACAACCGAUGCAAAUGCAAGUACACAGACUGCACCUGCAUCCCCCGACACAACUGCAAGCUCACAGACUGCACUUUCAAUCACCAAUGCAACUGCAAGUACAGCAACACCACAUGCACCCACUGACACUACUGCAAGUACACCGACUGCACUGAUGACAACUGAUGCAAACACAAGUACACAGACUGCACCUGCAUCCCCCGACACAACUGCAGGCUCACAGACUGCACACUCAACCAUUGACACAACUGCAAGCACAGCAACACCACAUGCACCCACUGACACUACCGCAAGUACACAGACUGCACAGAUGACAACCGAUGCAAAUGCAAGUACACAGACUGCACAGAUGACAACCGAUGCAAAUGCAAGUACACAGACUGCACCUGCAUCCCCCGACACAACUGCAGGCUCACAGACUGCACACUCAACCAUUGACACAACUGCAAGUACAGCAACAUCACAUGCACCCACUGACACCACUGCAAGUACAUCGACUGCACUGAUGACAACUGAUGCAAAUGCAAGUACACAGACUGCACCUGCAUCCCCCGACACAACUGCAAGCUCACAGACUGCACUUUCAAUCACCAAUGCAACUGCAAGUACAGCAACACCACAUGCACCCACUGACACUACUGCAAGUACACCGACUGCACUGAUGACAACUGAUGCAAACACAAGUACACAGACUGCACCUGCAUCCCCCGACACAACUGCAGGCUCACAGACUGCACACUCAACCAUUGACACAACUGCAAGCACAGCAACACCACAUGCACCCACUGACACUACCGCAAGUACACAGACUGCACAGAUGACAACCGAUGCAAAUGCAAGUACACAGACUGCACAGAUGACAACCGAUGCAAAUGCAAGUACACAGACUGCACCUGCAUCCCCCGACACAACUGCAGGCUCACAGACUGCACACUCAACCAUUGACACAACUGCAAGUACAGCAACAUCACAUGCACCCACUGACACCACUGCAAGUACAUCGACUGCACUGAUGACAACUGAUGCAAAUGCAAGUACACAGACUGCACCUGCAUCCCCCGACACAACUGCAAGCUCACAGACUGCACUCUCGACCACCAAUGCAACUGCAAGUACAGCAACACCACAUGCACCCACUGACACUACUGCAAGUACAUCGACUGCACUGAUGACAUCCGUUGCAAACACAAGUACACAGACUGCACCUGCAUCCCCCGACACAACUGCAGGCUCACAGACUGCACACUCAACCACUGACAUAAUUGCAAUCACAGCAACACCACAUGCACCCACUGACACUACAGCAAAUACAUCGACUGCACAGAUGACAACCGAUGCAAACACAGGUACACAGACUGCGCACACCAGCAGCAGCCCAGCAAAUGCAAGUACAGUGACUCCAGAAACCUCUACAUCUGUACUUACUACAACUGCACUAACAACCUCUACUAACACCUCGCCUGAGACCACCACCACACCCUCAUCCUCCACCAUCAGCACAAUCACAACAGCUGGACCCACACCCUCCUCACCUACCUCCAUCUCCACCGCCAGUUCUCUCCCUACAAGCACCUCCCCAGGCAAUAGCACCACUUUAGUUACCACCACCCUUAGUCCCUCAACAACGACCUCAGGAGGAAUGACGACAGCAGCCAUCACACAUGAUGUCACCAGUGACGGAGGAAUGAGCACUGACACACCCACUACUCCUGCAGUUUCUGACACCACUGUAGCUCCAACUUUAACUCCAAGCAGCGGCAUCACAACCAGCACCUUAACAGCUCCACCACCAUCCACCACAGAGCACUUCACAGCUUCAGUAUCUGCUACUACAGAAAGUAGCACAACAGAAUCUACAACGAUGAAACCUUCCACCACUCCUGCAAGCCCUCAAACCACUGUAACCACAGUCACCACCAGCAGUCCAACUGACUCCCCAUCAGCUCCAACCAGCGGUACAACUACCACACCUGCUCCAAGUACACCGACUACACACACAACCACCGGCACAACUGCAAGUUCAACCGCUGCACACACAACCAACACAAUUACAAGUACCCCGAGUACCACUGCACAUACCAGCAGCAGCCCAGCAAGUACAACUACAGUGACUCCAGAAACCUCUACAUCUGUGCUUACUACAACUGCACUAACAACCUCUACUAACACCUCGCAUGAGACCACCACCACAACCUCAUCCUCCACUAUCACCACAAUCACAACAGCUGGACCCACACCCUCCUCACCUACCUCCAUCUCCACCGCCAGUUCUCUCCCUACGAGCACCUCCCCAGGCAGUAGCACCACUUUAGUUACCACCACCCUUAGUCCCUCAACAACGACCUCAGGAGUGACCACCAAUUUGACUAUGUCAACCAAACCACCCGCUGACACUACAACAGUCUCAUCCACCACCGCUUCCACCGCCUUCAUCACCAUCCCAGUCCUGGUGUGUCCUGCUGUCCCGUGCCCACCUGACAGCAUUUGUAGUGAUGGCACUUGCCAGUGUCGCACUGGUACCGUCAUGGAGAAUGGCGUCUGUACGCCCGCUCAAGUGUUUGCAGGCGAGCUUCACCUCAUCGCCCUUACCUUUGAGCCAGAAAUGAACAACAGGUCCUCGAAAAUAUUCCAGGAAACAGCACUUAAUAUCUCAAAAGCGCUCUUUGAAGCUCUCAAAGACGUGCCUGGGUACCAAAGGUCUGAGGUUCUGCGACUUGAAGAAGGAAGCGUGAGAGCAACUGUAAACAACAUCUUUGAAAACACCAAUGCCACUGAAGACUCUAUCAAAGAGUCCAUUGAGAAAGCUAUAAAUGACUCAGCUGACUCAGGUGGACUAUUGGCUGGUGCUGCUUUUACAGGUGAAAACCUGUGUGAUCAGGCGCCAUUUCCUUGUGAAAUCUACUCUACAACUUGUGAAAAUAGAAACGGCCGGGCUAUUUGUUUCUGUAAAGACGGCUACAUCGCCAGCCUGUACUCAAACACCACCUGCAUCGGGUGUCCAAGUGGGCAGCAGCCAGAUGGAGACACAUGCAAACCGUGUAGUUUUGGAUAUGCUGGCUUCAACUGUAAUGAUUCGUCUCUGCUGGCAGUGGUGGUCAUCUCCUCUGUACUGGGAGGACUUCUCCUCAUCCUGGUCCUUGCUGUGCUCGGUUACUUCUGCUGGAGGAGAUUCUCAAAGAGAAAGCCAGACCUCAGCAGCAGCCCAUACUCCUCAAGUGAGUCCUGGCCCGCCGGCAUCGUCUCCAUCCCCCGUGCAACCACUUCAUGGAAUUCAGACCGUCCAGUGGAGAUGGUAGAAGGGGCCAACGCCAAUAUCGCGGGGAACAGAACGUAUCAAAACGGAGCGGGGUUCCAUCGGAAGCAGAGAGGAUGGAAAAAGACGGGGUCAUACGAACUCAACCCAGAUGGAAUGAGGACCUUCAAAGGUAAAAAUCCGUCCCGGUACUCCUACCUGGUUCAAGGCCACGAGAACCCCUACUUCUUACCAGGAGAUGACAGGAUAAACUGAAAAACACCAGGCCAGCUGGGGAUGAAAUCCAUGCAGGAAUGAGGAACAUGGGACAAGCUACAGAUUUGACAACACUGUGGGUCUACAGGCACAUUUCCUGAGCAGGACCGGGUUAUUUAAACAUGUUCGAGCUUGCAUGGAUUCAAUCACAAAGGAAAACAGCGACCAAAGACGUUCUUUCAUACGAGCAAAAACAUUUGAGCAGUUUGUUUAAAGUGAGGUUGAGUUCAUCAUGUCUGUUCUUUGCAAAGAGCUAAAUGGUGCUAAUUCCAACCAGUAGAUGUCACCAUCGCUCAGUACAAUUAUCCUACUGAUGUUUUAAGUACAUUUGACCUUUUUUUAAGCUUUAAAGAAAUCAUUGUAGUCUUUAAAAUGAAGCGUCUUACAUUGCUAAUUGCACUAAAAUGUGUGUUAAGUUUACCACCAGUUUUCCUCUCAAAUCAAAGGUAAAUUGAAUGUGGCUUUUUCAGGGGCUAUUAGAUAUUUUUCUCAUGAGUGUGAUUGUUAAAAAAAAAAAAAAAAAUCUUGUAUGACUAAAGGGGCUGGAUCCCUGGUUUGAGGUAUUUCAAAAGGGAUUAAUGUUGUAGCUGUGUACUCUCUGCACUUGCAGAACGUGCCUGUUGGACAGAAACAUGCAGAGCUGCUGAUGAAGCCUGCCUCCUGGAUGUGCCAAUUCCACUUCUAUACAUUUCUUUCAAAGCUCUUAUAUACAUAUAUUUAUCUUUAACCUCUGAGACAGUGCACUAUUUUCUAUGUGUGUAAACGUUUUGUAAAUAAUUAACUUUGGGCAGUGUGUGUGUGUGUGUGUGUGUGUGUGUGUGUGUGAGUGAGUGAGUGAGUGCAAUGGAAAUAAAUUAAUUU